UCUACCACUUCACCCCUACGUCAUUUCCGUUACUCAACCUUCUCCGGAGAGUUUUGUCCAAGAUGGCGUCAACGCAGUUAACGGAUGAGGAGCUUUUCUCCGAAUUAAAGAGCUUUGGUUUCACUCCAGGCCCGGUUACCGAAAACACUCGCCCGGUGUAUUUGAAAAAAUUGAAGAAGCUUCGGGAAGAGCAACAGCAGCGGGGCUCUAGAGCGGGUAAAACCCGUAGCAGCGGGGCCAUCCACAGCACCACUGGCGGAGGCAACACGGCGGGAUCCAGGCCAGCCAGCCAUGACGUCACGCACCUGAGCUCCAGCAGGAGACCGGGCAGGAAGCCCUCCGUCCUCGGCUUCAGCUCCGACGAGUCUGACGCUGAAACUCCACUGAAAAGAAAAGGCCUCAAUCACAGCAGUAGGGUAGACCGAAACUCCGGUUUCCCACAACAGCUGAAGAUAAGGCCCGUUACAACGCCGACUGUAGCUACCAAGAGUCCGUAUGGCGCUACGAGUACGGUAAAUAGCAACAAUUCUUCUCCGGGUCCGGGUGGACAGAGAAGUGUCUCGUUGGGCUGGGGAGUCCGUGCCAGAUCCAGCCCUGAGGCUGAAGGGAGGGAUUGCGACGAAUCGGGGGAAGAAGACGACGAUUAUGAGGGGGGAACGGAGAAGAACUCUCGCUCUUUAAAUGGCUGUGGGGCGUCUCACUUAAACACUAGCAAGCUAGCUGGGGAUUACUCAGACUCAGAUGAGGAGGAGGUUGGGGGCCUUGGUGCCGGAGACAAACCGCGGGAUAGGUUGGAGCCUAGACGGAGCCACCCUAAAGCGGAGUUUCCUUCCCACGUAGUGGGCCGAGGGUCUCAGACGGGAGGGGCAGCCAGACAGGUCAACCCGCCGGAGAGUCUAAAUAUGGUGGGGGGACGGAGGCAGGAGGGGGAGGAAGACGAGGUGAAGAGAAGGGACUCGGACCUAUCGGGAGUCUUUCGGAGCCACAACUUUCCCAGGAAGUCCAUCUACGUGUCCCUCGCCGAGAACCACGGAGGAGAGGCCGGGAAAAACAACCACGUCGACGGCGAGGACGGAGCCUCCAGAAGCAGCAGCACUAGUAGGUUCGCCAUUGGGUUGAGACCGCGCUUCUCCAACUAUAGCAGCCUGUCCCAGACCUACAGGGGCAACCACUCCAAUCACACCGCCCCCAGUCCCAACCACUCAUAUAGCCAGGCAGUGCUGAAGCAGAAGCUGUCCGUUCCGGAGGAUGAGCUGCUCCAGCAGUUUAAAAGGGAGGAGGUGGCCUCCUCUGGGAGCUUCAGCGCUCAUUACCUGUCCAUGUUCCUGCUCACGGCAGCCUGCCUCUUCUUUCUGCUGCUGGGCCUCAUGUACCUCAGGAUGAGGGGCACUGGAUCUUCAGAGGUGGAUGGAGUCAUUAAGAACCACCCUUUUGGCAGCGAGUUUGACUCUUCUUAUGAAAAGGCGGAGAAGGACCUGAUCCUAAAGCUGCUGCUCAAUCUACAUGACCACCUGGCCCACGUUGCUGGCCAGCAUGACUGUGGCGACCAGCAGCAUCCAAACAGAAGUCUGUCCAUGGAUGAUGCCUCAGCGUAUUUACUGGCUCAGAAUGAGGAGUUUAAAGACUUAAUUCUCACUUCUCUGGAGUGGAUCAUCCGGACAGGCCAGGAUGUCGGGAUAAGGCUGACUGGUCACGUAGCUGAUAAGCCAUUGACCGAUGUGUCUGAGAUCUCUCAGCUGGAGUCCACGCAUCCCAAGAUGCCCUUCGUGUGCCGCUUCCGCCGAGCCUUCCUCACCGUCAUCAGCAGAGUCUUCCUAAUUGCAGCCGUGGUCGGCUGUGUGUGGAGUGGGGUCUGCUACAUGAAGUAUCGCUGGAGGAGAGAGGAGGAGGAGACCAGGCAGAUGUAUGACAUGGUGGAGAGGAUCAUUGAUGUGUUGAGGAGCCACAGUGAGGCUUGCCAAGAGAACCAGGACUUGCAGCCCUACCUGCCCAUCCCCCACGUCAGAGACUCGCUGGUUCAGCCUCAGGACCGGAAGAAAAUGAAGAAGAUUUGGGAGCGGGCUGAGAGGUUCCUCUCGGCCAACGAGUCCAGGAUUCGAAAAGAGACCCAGAGGAUCGGUGGAGCGGACUUUCUGGUCUGGAGGUGGAUUCAGCCUUCUCUCAGUUGUGACAAGACCUCCUUGAUGCCCUCCAAAGUCUGGCAGGGAAAAGCAUUCCCACUGGACCGGAGGAACUCGCCUCCCAACAGCCUGACUCCAUGUCUGAAGAUCCGAAACAUGUUUGACCCAGUCAUGGAGGUUGGGGAGAACUGGGAUCUAGCCAUCCAUGAGGCCAUCCUGGAGAAGUGCAAUGACAACGACGGCAUCGUCCACAUCGCCGUUGACAAGAACUCGCGAGAGGGCUGCGUCUAUGUCAAGUGUCUCUCUGCAGAGCACUCAGGGAGAGCCUUCAAGGCACUUCAUGGCUCCUGGUUUGAUGGUAAGCUGGUGACGGUGAAGUAUCUGCGUUUGGACCGCUACCACCAGCGCUUCCCGCAGGCCCAGGCCUGCAGCACCCCUCUGAAGGCCUCCGCAAGCACCCCGAGCACCACAAACACUACGCCCCGCCUGCAGCACCGAGGAGCCGCCAACUCGUCGGGCUUCUCAUGAGACGAGCGUACGCGUUAGAUUUAGCAUCCUUCUCUGUGCCCUCCCAGCAUGACAGCACCGGUCUGCUGCUGCUCCUUCACUGCUUUAUAACGGGGAAGACUUCAGUCUGUGUCUCGGGAGAGCUCUUUUUUUUUUUUGUCCAACAGAGGAUCGCAAGAGAAGUUGUUCGGCGGUGCAGUGUUUGUUUUCAAUAAUCUUUUUGUAUUAAAAUGUCAUGGAUUUGAACAAAGGAAGCAGAGUUCUUCUGGAAUAUUUAAGAUGUGUGUGCAGAGACUUCAACCUCCCUCCUCCUCCUCCUCCUCCUCUUCCACAGUCUCAUGCCAUGGAUGGAGUUCAUUUGGAAAUGGCUGCAUGUAUCAGAGUAUGCCUCUAUGUAAGCUUUCAAUGCAACACAGUGUGGGUGGUGAUUUCCCGGAAAUUUCGAUGUACUCCCUGUUGUUGUUAUUAUUGUUAUUCUUAUUAUUAUUCUGAUGAUUAUUAUUAUUUAGUCGAGUGAGGAAGGCAUGACCUGACUUGUAGAGGGCGUGCUGUAAAUACAUGUGAAUGGUGGCACAAGCUUUAUUACAUCCUCCGUAUUAAAAGCCAAAACCGUAAGCUCACGUUCUUCUCGCUGCUCACAUACCACGGCAGAGUACAUCUGCACACGAGGCUCCUCCAGAGGUUGCAACAGCACCGAUACGCAGAACAGGGUGACCUCCGUGGUCGUCGUUUGCUCCAUGUAUUCCACAUACGGCCUUUUCCUGUCCCUUUUUUGUCUUUUUAAUUUUGUUCUAGCAUCCAGCAAAGCGCUCCCGAACUCUCAACUUUUGGAGCGAUGUAACAGAAUCAGGGAGUAUACCUUUUUUCAAAACAGUCACCUGAAGCUUUCUCCUCCCAGAUAUAAUCCAAUAUAUUCCCAAAUUAUUCGUAUUAUUUCUUGUUAUGUUUAUUAUUUACCUCCUUUCAAGUCGGUCGUUUUCACUGUGGGCGCGCGUCCCCAUCGUAUUUCCAAACCUGUGCUGAACAAGCAGCGUGUACGGUCACCUCUCUUGUGUACAUGGCCGACAGACCAGAGGGAGCACACAGAGCUCAGGGUGGCUCAUGUCCAGUUUACAGUCGGCUCGUCUUCCUUUGGAGAUGCUGAUGUUUACGCUCAUGAUUAACCCUGACGCUGUCCCUGCUGCUCUAUAAACAUAUCAGCCUCCUGGGAUUAUGCUACCACUCUUUUUUGUCAUAAGGAGUACUGUGAGGAUCCCAAAUAUUCCCACCCCUGUUAAGAAGACUGUACUGAAUUUAGGGAUUCCUGAUUGCUUGUGUUUUUUAACAGCACCCUGUGUAUUCCAAAAAAAAAACCGCUAGAAAUCCAGGAGUUGCCAGACCUAAUUUUAUUCAUUUUUUUUUUUUUUAAUGCAGUGAAUUAAAAGUUGGAUUCCGUAUUUGCAGUGUGAAAUUGUACAAAUGAUGCACAUUUCAAAUGUUCAAAACCUGCUGCAACAGUUUGCGGCAGGCGACCCAACUGUGCCUUAAAUUUGUGCAUUUUUUUUUUUCUUCUUAAGACUGGCACUGCAUUACUUGAGAAUGUUCUGGAUUUAAGAAAUGUUUUAACUGUUUAAAGGGGGAAUAAGGCCUGCCAUAGAUGUAGUUUUGGUAGAGUUUGACAUCUUCAGAUUUGGUAUUUUGUAGCAGUUUCCUUUGAUAUUAAACCAAAUGCUUCUCUAUUUAUUAUUAUUUUAAAAAAAAAAAUCAGCUGUGGUGAUGUACUAUUUUAAUGUCACUAAACCUGUUACAUAUGUGUCAUAACUUUUUUUUUUUCCAUGGGGGAUCGACCUUACAUCCGCUUCCAGACAAUUGUCAGGAUGUGUAAAAUGACAAAAUAAAGUGAACACUUUCUGAAAUAA